UCCUCUGCGCGUGGGGCGAGUCGGGUCCGACCCGUGCGGCAGUCGGUUCCACAGUCAAGAUCCGCUCUCUCGUCUCGCGGCCCUCGAUGAACGGCAAGGUCGGCGUCGUCGUCUCCGCAAACGCUUCGACGGCCCGCUUCGGCGUGCGCGUGGCGGGCGAGGCCAAGGCACUCGCACUGAGGCCGGCCAACCUGGAGCCAGCGGCCGAGGCGGUGGCGGUGGGCAGGCUGGUCCUCAAGGCGGCGGAGUGGUCGCCGCAGUCGCACAAGCUCUUCCCAACAGCGGCUCGCAAGCGGGCGGUCGAGGUGAUGCGGCUGGGCUACCUGAUCGCCUGGGACGAGGAGCGCUUCGACAGCCGCGAGGGAGCGGCUCCAGAGCUGGCGGACAUCUGGCGCGGCUUUGUGCUGCCAAGGGUGGUGGUGCGAUGACUUCUCGUUCCGCACGGGGUUUUCAGUGAGAGGGCCAAACACCCACGCCCCAGGUGGGGUCUUGCCGUUGCCCGC